UAGCGUAGUGUCGACUCCAUGGUCAAGUCUUCGCGGAAAAUCACUUCCACGCCUGUCACUGUAAAAGCUUCCGUCGUAAUAGAAGAAGCGAUUCUAUAAACAUUGAAACGCGCAUUUGAUUUUUUGAUCCCAAACCCUAAUUCCCAAAUUCUAAUUUCAAUCACAUCGAAAUCCCUGAGAUUGCGUUUCGGAGAGAUCCGAAUCUUCAAUGGCGCAUCAAAGAGCCAAAUUGCUGCUCCUUCUCUGUGCUCUAUGCUAUUCUCUCAGCGCCAUUGCCGUAAAGAGUUAUUACGAUAUACUUCAAGUGUCGAAAGGUGCAUCGGAUGAUCAGAUUAAGAGAGCGUAUAGAAAGCUUGCAUUGAAGUAUCAUCCUGAUAAGAAUCCGGGAAAUGAAGAAGCUAAUAAGAAAUUUGCGGAGAUUAGCAAUGCAUAUGAGGUAUUGUCGGAUAACGAGAAGAGAAAUAUAUAUGAUAAGUAUGGUGAAGAGGGUUUGAAGCAGCAUGCCGCUGGUGGAGGAAGAGGUGGUGGAAUGAACAUGCAGGAUAUUUUUAACUCUUUCUUUGGCGGGGGAUCAAUGGAGGAAGAAGAAGAGAAAAUUGCAAAAGGUGACGACGUUAUUGUUGAUUUGGAUGCAACCCUUGAAGAUUUGUAUAUGGGUGGCUCCUUGAAGGUUUGGAGGGAGAAAAAUGUUGUAAAGCCAGCUCCUGGAAAAAGACGCUGUAACUGUAGAAAUGAGGUUUAUCACAGGCAAAUUGGGCCUGGCAUGUUUCAACAAAUGACAGAGCAGGUCUGUGAUCAAUGUGCUAAUGUCAAAUACGUAAGGGAGGGAUAUUUCGUCACUGUUGAUAUUGAGAAAGGCAUGAAAGAUGGCCAGGAGGUGCUAUUUUAUGAGGAUGGCGAGCCCAUAAUUGAUGGAGAAUCUGGAGAUUUAAGGUUUCGCAUCCGUACUGCACCUCAUGAACUUUUCAAAAGGGAAGGCAAUGACUUACAUACCACCGUCACCAUCACGCUGGUUCAAGCUCUUGUUGGUUUUGAGAAGACCAUUAAACACCUUGAUGAACAUUUGGUGGACAUAAGCUCGAAGGGAAUCACAAAUCCGAAGCAAGUGAGGAAGUUCAAAGGGGAGGGUAUGCCAUUGCAUACGAGCACGAAGAAAGGAGAUCUUUACGUCACUUUUGAGGUUCUGUUCCCCACCACACUAUCGGAGGAACAGAAAACAAAAAUAAAAUCUAUUCUUGGUUAGAAUACAUUCAGGAUACAUGCUAUUUUGCUCAUUAUAUCCUCAAUGUAACAUGAUUAGGUGGUUGUAAGUUACAACAAAUACACGCCUUAGGCUUCUCGCCCCCAUUUUUUGUUAGUUAACCAAUAGAUACUUUAUUUUUAUUGUUGAUAGUGUUGCGUCUACUGUGAUCCUUGUCGGCACAUGAGUGCCUUAUUGUGGUGCUAUUUUGAUACAAGGAUAUCACAGCAUUAGCUGAAAGAAAAACAUAAUUGUAUUAGCUUUGCUUUGUGUUUGCAAUGGUUUUCAUCUUGUGAGCAAGGUGAAAGGCCACAAAUUAAACAAAA